CAACGGCAGCUAGACUGCUAGUGCAAGUACUUGUUUUGGAAAGCAAAAUCAAUUUUAGAGUGAAAACCCUACCCGUAGGCCUUAGCGGCAUCGCCUCUCCUCGAAGGUCUCCAGCACUGCAACGUUGAAGGGGAAGCCAAAGGAUCUUUGCCCAUUUUCUCUAAUUAAAUUCUGAGAUGUCUCAGGUAGAUAAUAGGAAUUCUUCAGCAGCUAAAAGAGCCCGAACAGAUGGUGGGCGUAGAGAAGAUGAUUGGACAUGCCCCAGUUGUGGCAAUGUUAAUUUCUCAUUUAGAACUACCUGCAAUAUGCGGAACUGUACCCAACCUAGGCCUGCCGAUCACAACUCUAAAUCUCUAGCUAAGCCCAUGCACCCACCACAAGCCUAUUCAACAUCGGCUCCAUAUGUAGUUUCUGCUGCUCCAUCUUCAAUGUAUAUGGGUAUACCACCUUAUGGUACAUCUGUGUUUAAUGGAACAUCUUUGCCUCCUUAUGAUGUUCCUUUUCCUGGAGAAUCAGCAUAUCAUUACAACUAUGGCAGUCGUCUUUCUGGAGGCAGUCCAUUCCGACACUUGCAUUUAUCUGGUCCACCUCCGUAUUCCGGUGGAACUAUGAUUGGAACUGGUGGAAUUUAUGGAGUGCCUCCACCAAUAAUGGAAAGAUAUGGCCUUGGGUUGCCUAUGGGUCAUUCUGCGAUGGGCCCAAGGCCAGGAUUUUUCCCAGAGGAUAAAUCUCAAAAUAAAGAUGGAACCCGUGAUAAUGACUGGACAUGUCCUAAAUGUGGAAAUGUCAAUUUUUCGUUUAGAACAAUUUGUAAUAUGAGGAAAUGCAAUACACCCAAGCCUGGAUCCCAGGGUGCUAAAUCUGGGAAGAGUUCUAAUAUGCCAGAAGGGAGUUGGAAGUGUGAGAAGUGCAACAAUAUAAACUAUCCAUUUAGGACCAAGUGUAAUAGACCAAACUGUGGUGCUGAAAAACCAUCCGAGCCAAAAGAGUCUCCUCCACAACCAACAGAUGAAAAUGAUCAGUGAGUACUAGGGCAUGUUUUAAUGGUUGGGAAGGUCCAGAGUUGUCGUCCAGCAUUGCUCAGUGUGUCUCACAGUCGGUCAUGUUGCAGCAGUUAUUGAGUUUACUCUUACCUUAUUAUGGUGUCAACUUUUGUAUUAACUGAAAUUGAUAUUCCGUGGUCCUUGUGGAUUCUUAUUGAGUUGCAUAUCUGCCAAGUCUGAUGGAAGUAUAUUGUUAAGAUUGAUUUGAUUAAUGUUCAAUAGGAUUGCUGGUUCUCCAUCUCUAAUUAAAUUAGGUCUUUAUAGAAGUCUAAGCAGCCAGCUGUAUUUAGGUCAAAUUUCUUGUUUGAACUGUAACACUUCUAGGAAUCCAUUUUAUUUGUCGGAAAAAAAAAACUCCGUUACAUUUAUGCAG